AUGUCCAAGGCGCAGACCUACAAGAACUGCCCCUUGGACGCUGUGAUCAAAGUACUUCAAGAAGAAGCCCAGGACUACACGAUGCCGCGAGUGGUGUCACUGGCUGGAGAGCGCAAAGCCCGUUUCAGCCUCGACGCAUUGAGUGGAGGAUUUCGGGGCACUGGUGGUGCUACGAGCCUGAAGGAAGAGCUGGUGGAACGUGUUCCCGUGCUCUGCGACUCGGGAAGCUUCCGCGAAGUUCGACGUAUCUUUCGCGAGGACUGUGGUGGCUGUAAGGCUCUGAAACCUGAGCUGACUCACGCGGGCUUCAUCGAUGCAUCCACCGGCUUGUUGACCACCGGAACGAAGCCUUUCAACCUGUUUGCAAGAAUCGCAGCCGGGGAGAUGGAGCAGCCAGGCAUGGCAGCGGAGCAAACUGCAUUGCAAGACUUCUCGAGUUCUGUUUGCAUUUGUCGCAACAAGCCAGAGAAUGACGCACACUGGGAUUCGGAAGCGGCGGAGUGGGUUGGUAAGGCGUCCAUGUCAGCGAGACACCGGUUUUUAACGACGAAAGACCUGCGAUGGACUUUCUUCAACGCACUGACACUGGGCAUGAGCGAAGAUGGGGACCCGGACCGCCCGGACCCGACAAGCUUGAUGGAGUCCAUCGAGCUCCUUGAGACGUUGAAGGCCGCCGCUUUGGCGUACGUGACGAACAUGCAGGGAUGGUCCGACAAGAUCGGGCUCUACUUCCACGUCUUUGGCCACAACUCCGUUAACUCGCUCCACUUGCAUGUCGUGGACAUGAGCUCUGUGGGGCCAACAUUUCACAAAAUGAGUUACAAGAAUUGCCCCAUCAACGCGGUGUUGAAGGUGUUGCGGGAAGAGCUCGCCACCGUGCAGGCAGCCGAGCGUCCCAAAUUGCAACCAAAGGCAGCUGCCGUUGAGGAGUCUCCGCAAGCACAGGAUGCCGUCCAAGAGCUCAACGUGGCUGGCGAGGUAGUUGCCUUGUCCGUGGCAACUCUUCGUCGCUCUCCGCCGAAGUCGUUUCUCAGAGCUUUGGUCGACGGUGUGGACAAUCCCAUGCUUGUCCGUGACAGCCGCGGCCGGAUCUUCCUCGACUUUCCGCCAGAUGCCUUCAAGCGCAUUCUCAACCACCUUCGCAUGCAACACUUGAGGCCACACUCGACUCUUUGGUGUGCAGAUGAGGAGACCCGUCGGCUAGCAAAGUCCCUUGGCUUUGCCGCACGGUGCACGCCGAACUACUACUUGCUCUGUGCUACCCUCGGGGUCGCUGCUCUUUGUCUCGUAUUCUGCAGGAAGUGA